AUGAGCGGCUGGGGCCUGGGCUGGUUUGGCGGCGGCCAAGCCAAGAAGGAGGCACCAAAGAAAGCCAUACUACAGUUGCGGGGCCAGCUCGAGAUGCUUAACAAGCGUGAGAAGCAUCUGCAAAAUCAGAUGGAAGAGCAGGAUAACCUAGCGCGGAAAUAUGUGUCGAGUAAUAAGGCUGCUGCCAAAGCAGCGCUCCGGCGAAAGAAGCAAUUCGAGCACUCCCUGGAACAAACAAGUGCACAAAUCAUGACGCUUGAGCGCGAAAUCUACAGCAUCGAGACAGCGAACAUCAACAAGGAGACGUUGGACGCCAUGAAGAACGCCGGAUCGGCCAUGAAGCAGAUACACGCUGGUUUAACCAUUGACAAGGUCGACAACGUCAUGGAAGACCUGCGCGAACAACACGCCAUUGGCGAAGAAAUCAGCGAAGCCAUAACCUCGGGCGUAGCCUCCAACGGCAUAGACGAAGACGAACUCGACGAAGAACUCGCCGAAUUACAACAAGAAAAACUAGACGAGGAUAUGCUGCGGACGGGCAACGUUCCGCUCAACGACACAGUCGGCAAAUUGCCACAUGCGCCGCACACAGAGGUCAAGGGCAAGAACCAGCGGGUCGAGGAAGAUGACGAGGAGGAGGAGCUACGAAAGCUGCAGGCGGAAAUGGCAAUGUAA